UAACACACAGUUGAUCCGAGCCGCAUCACCGCUCAUUCCGUGAAAAAGUAGUCCCUCUGGAAUGCGUCUCGCGCCGUUUAAAACCGUCCUAAAAUAUUUCUUUAAAACUAAAACACGACUCUUUUCUGUGGCGCAGACUCGCUGUUCGCAUGGUCGGGAAUACGAUAACUCUUCGGAUCGUUUGAUAAAAAAUAAAUAAAUAACAACAAUAAUAAUAAAACAACAAUAGCAGGCAGAAAGAAUAGUAACGCAGGAGGCGGAGGGAGAUUUUUUUUCUCUCCCUUUUCCCGGCGGAAGGAUACGGACUCGGAAGCGGCGUAUAGCGUCAGGAACCAUUUCGGAAUCGUAGCGCCACCACACACACACGCACACGCACACACACACACACAAGGAGAGAGAGAAUGGGAUCGGAACGGGGAAUAAUCUCGUUUGCGUUAUAAUUCCUCCAAGCUGGAAAAGGGAACGGAAUCCGCACAUCCACAGUGAUCGAUCCCAGAGCAGGAGACGAGAAUACAAACCGCAGCCAUGCGAUGAAGAGCAGGGAGAAGAAGAAGAACAAGCGAGGAAACGGGAGCAGAAACAUGGGCGCAGUGCUGCGGACUCUCUUCCUCUGUACUUUCUGUUUACAAAUACGCGCCGUGCCUCUCCUCCUCUACGCCAACAGACGUGACUUGCGGCUGGUGGACGCGGCCCAGGGACGCAGCGCCAACGCCACGGUAGUGGUGAGCGGCCUGGAGGAUGCGGCGGCCGUGGACUUCGUUUACAGCAACGGUCUGAUCUACUGGAGCGAUGUGAGCGAAGAGGCCAUCAAGCGGGCCGUCUUUAACGGCUCGGGCUCUGGAGCCCAGAGCACAGUGGUGUCGGGUCUGGCCUCGCCCGACGGGCUUGCCUGCGACUGGCUGGGGAGUAAACUUUACUGGACAGACUCAGAAACAAACCGUGUCGAGGUAGCCGAGCUUGACGGUACGCUCAGGAAAGUUCUUUUCUGGCAGGACCUGGACCAGCCAAGAGCGAUUUCUCUGGACCCGAGCAGAGGGUACGUGUACUGGACAGACUGGGGGGAGAUCCCUAAGAUUGAGAGGGCGGGUAUGGAUGGCACAAAUCGAGCUGUGAUCAUCGACACCGAUAUCUACUGGCCUAACGGGCUCACCUUGGACUACAGCCAGCAGAAGCUUUACUGGGCCGACGCCAAAUACAACUUUAUUCAUCGCUCCAAUCUGGACGGCACAGGGAGAGAAGUGGUAGUGAAGGGCGCUCUACCACACCCCUUCGCCCUAACGCUGUACGAAGACACACUCUUCUGGACUGACUGGAACACGCACUCGAUCCACUCGUGCCAGAAGGAGAACGGGGAGGAGCACCGUGAGAUCCACUCCAACAUCUUCUCGCCCAUGGACAUCCACGUCUUCAGCCAAAAGAGACAGCUAAUGGAUGUGUCGAGUCCAUGUUCUGUGAAGAACGGUGGUUGUUCUCACCUGUGCCUGCUUUCUCCGGUGGAGCCAUACCAUCAGUGUGCCUGUCCCACCGGGGUACAGCUGCUGGAGGACAACAAGACCUGCCGAGAUGAAGCAACAAAGCUGCUGCUUCUGGCACGCCGCACAGACCUGCGGCGCAUCUCGCUGGACACGCCUGACUUUACUGACAUCGUAUUGCAUGCUGAAGACAUCCGGCACGCCAUCGCCAUCGAUUACGACCCCGUAGACGGCCACGUCUAUUGGACAGAUGAUGAAGUGCACGCGAUCCGCCGCUCCCGGUUAGACGGCAGCGACACACAGCUGCUCGUCACCUCGCAAGUGAAUCACCCAGACGGCAUCGCUGUGGACUGGAUCGCACGCAACCUUUACUGGACCGACACAGGCACUGAUCGCAUCGAAGUGACGCGUCUCAACGGUACCAUGAGGAAGAUCUUGAUUUCUGAGGAGCUGGAUGAGCCUAGGGCUAUCGUCCUAGAUCCUGUCUCAGGGUGCGUCUCUUUAUUUGUGCAAAACAAGCAUGUUCUGGUCACCAAAGCCAGACUGUGUGUGUAUCCUCACUCAGGAACAUGUUUACUCUUGUAGUUACAUUACUGAGUGCACAAAAUAACACCUACACUCAAGCAACUUUGUACCUGUAGUGCCGUGGUAUUGAGUGCAGUCAUCAUUUAUGAACUAC